CAAAAUAUAAUACAUAUUUGACCGUGUAGUGUAGUGAAGUGUGAUUUUGAUUCAGUACUUCGUCUCAGUGAUACAAUCGACAACCCGUCUCACUCAUGUCUGUCAGUUGAUCUCAAAGUGUUCUAAGAGAAACAUUCUGUUUUGUUGUACUAAAGUUACGCAUUUUAAAACUCUUGUUUAAUUUUACUACAAAGAAGAUAAUAUCGUCCUAAGAGAUUGUGUUUAAUAUAGUCUCUGUCUUAGGAAUUCAGACAAACAGCCAUGGACUGGAAAUGUGUUGGAGUUAUACUUAUGAUAGGGUGCCCUUUAUUUGGUCAAGAAACAAGUGACGACUUCCGAACAACAACAAUGGAAUCAAUUCAAGAUGAUUCACUUGCACAAUCUUUAAAUAGUUUUGGAUACAAAUUAAUGAUUGAGAUUAUGAAGAAAAACGAGUAUAAUUUGAAUAUAGCUAUAUCACCAACGAGUAUCGCAAGCGUCUUGGCAAUGACUCUUCUCGGUAGCGUUGGUAAAACUUACGAUGAAAUGGCAGACAUUUUAGGAUUUUCACGUGAUAUGUUAACAAAUCGUAAGAACCAUGAAGAAUUCGGGGAACUUCUGCAAGCUCUCAGUACGAAUACAUCAUCCAAGACGAUGUAUGCAAACGCGAUAUUUGUGGACAAAGAUACACACCUGCGCGAAGUUUUCCGGAAUUAUUUGGAAAUGGUGUACCAUGGCGAGGCACUUGGUACAGAGUUCGGCGACGGAGUCAAGGCUAGACAGGUGAUUAACGAAUGGGUGAAAGAGCACACUAAAAAUAAGAUAGAAGAUUUCCUACAACAACCACUUCCUGAAUCAACGAAAGUGGUAUUGCUCAGCGCUCUCUAUUUUAGCGGACAAUGGGAAAAACCUUUUCUACCAGAAUAUACUAAAAAAUUACCUUUCAAAACGCCGACUAAGGAAGUUAUGACUGAUCUUAUGGCCAACUUUGGAAACUUUCAUUACAUAUUUUCUGUGGAAGAUCAACUACACAUGGUAGCAUUUCCUUACAACGAUAGUGUGACCAAAAUGUAUGUUCUUAAACCACGGAUACCAAGACGUCUGAAUAUAUUUGAUCUGUUAAAUAAAUUAGAUUACCUAAAAAUUGAAAGUCUAAUAAAUCGUAUGACAAGCAAAACAUGUGUGAUAAGAUUUCCUAAAAUGGAACUUCGGAGCAAUGUUAAACUAGAAGUCCCUUUGAAAGCUCUGGGUGUGAACACCAUGUUUAACCCCAGUGAAGCAAACUUUGCACUAAUGAUAGACGGUAAUAAUAUGAUUAAUCAGACAGAGACGGAAUUGAUUUCGAGGAUAAAUACAGGAGAUUUGGAAGCAAGAGGAUUAAAUGAGCUAAUAAAUGAGCUGGUUAAUCCUGCAGUGCAUGUUGACUCUGUGAUACAUGAAGUGAAGAUGACUGUCAAUGAAUUUGGCACCGAAGUAGUGGCUGCAACCAGCGCAGUGACGACACGAUCUGCAGAAAUGUUCUAUGCGGACUCACCGUUUUAUGUGUUUAUUAGAAAUGAAAAGACUAAACUUAUUACAUUGAGUGCAAUAAUAUUUGAUCCUAGUGUGUAAAAUCACAAAAUAUAGAACAUGUAAUUACAAUGGCUAGCUUGUAAGCAAUAAUUAAUUGCAU